AUGGACGACGACACUGAUUCCCAAAGCCUACUGCAAUCCGUGCUUGGAUUAUUCACUCGAAGACAACCGCAAAGGUCGGUAAAGCCGGCGUCACUGAGAUCACGAAAACGCGAGGCCUGGCUACGGACGGAUGCAUUUCUGCAGCGCGAUAAUAUUGUCGAAGCUGAACCAGAGAGCGUUGCAAGGACUCUGCGCGCUUUUGAACAUCUUGUUCAAGAUGACUCUGAUCGAGAGAUAGAUUUUAGCUUCCAACAAUCCGGACAUGAACGAUAUCCGAAGCUUCGCCGCAUGAUUGAGAGUCCGAAUAUCGAUCCGCAUGACGACCCAGGUACUGUCAUUCGCGUUGGUAAACGGAGACGAAAAUGCGACGAUGCCAUUCAGGAACUUUUGCAUUUGGAACAAGACAGAAAGAAGCGCCGAGUUCUCCCUCGCGAAGAGCCCACUCAUGAGUCCGAUCUCGAAAACCCCGAUGCCGACUUUGCUGUGCUGAUGAGGAGACAUUUGGUGUCCUUGGAUAAUGCGUUGCGAAGACACUGGGUUUGCGUUUGCCAGAAGUGCUCAGGGUUGAGCGUGAGACUGUCGCUGCCACAACAUAAAAAGGAUCUCGAGGCUGAGGCGAGUUUCGAAGUAUUCUUCGGCGUGCGGUCCGUACCUGCAACUGCAUUGCAAGAAGCUAAAAUAACGGUCAAAGACCUACACAACAGCACAUUGAGACGCUCAUCUGAGCCAAUACUUAGCAGCCCACCCGACUUUGCCCACUUAUGCCAGAGUAUCACAGAGUCCCUUGGUCAGCGAAAUCGCUUGCAUUUCGCUCUCGAGGAUGGGACAUUUCAGAGGCUUCGCCCGCAACCAAAGACAUUUGGUAGUGACCGAAUAUCUCAGGCAGUAUCCUUGUCGGCAUUGUUCAAUCGUCAGCAAGAAUUACUUCGUGGUGAAUCAGUACUGCCACUCAAGGGGAAGCGAGUCCUAGCCGUUACACUAGCUUCAGCGCUCCUUCCCUUCCUGGAAACACCGUGGCUGCAGUUUUCCGUCAAUCACUCAAAGAUCCAGUUUUUUGAACCACGGCAGGAUGGAGAACUCCCUAACAUCACGAAACCUUUUCUGGCUCUGGAGCACGUUCCAAUCAUAUCAGCCCGCAGUACAGACACUAGAGACAGCUCUGGCACCUCGAAGCAUAUAGUCCAUCCCAACGCCAGUGUGCUAGCCCUAGGGAUACUCUUGUGCGAGCUUCACUAUUGCACACCUGUAGAGCUGAUGGCGAAGGACCAGCAUGUUGUCAGGAACAUCAAUGAUGAUUUUUAUACCUGUCUCGAUAAGCUUCAGACUCUGGAAGACGACGCUGGCGUGGAUUACUACCUUGCUACGAAGGCAUGCCUUACUGGCGAAUACUAUCCCCUUGGACAACACGCUGACUUCGAGGAUGUCGGUGUUCAGCGGCUCUUCUACCAAAACGUCGUCAAACGACUUGAGGCCGUGAUAUUCAAGGCAUGGGGUAUUCGAUUAGAGAAUUUGGGUUCAUUCGAUUCUCGACAAAAUGAAUCCUGCUGGGGCUCUAUAGGUCGAGAAGUUGUCCGCCUCCAUACAGGCAAGGUAGAUUCAUCUAAUGCAAAAAAUACUGCAAGGGCAGGUCCACAUCGUUUAAUGUCUGAAACCCCGCCCGUGAGCUACGCAUCCCCUGAUUCAGAUAUCAUGUUACAGAUAUCGACACGACCUUCUACAGGGUCGCAAGCCCACGGAGACCUCACCGAGCCUUCAGAGAAAAGCUUGUACUUUUUUGAUGCAAGCCACCAGACGGGUCCUGAACAAGGGAAUGCACUGUCAGAAAAAUGGAUGGAUAAUCUGCUGUCCUCGCUUUAUCCCUAUGUUGAUUUAAAUUUUCAACUUGUCGAACCGGUGCGAAUAGCGAUUUUGGACUCUGGAAUCGACCCUGAAAACCCAUUCCUAAUCGAGGACCAAUUACGAGCCACCCCACGAAUCAAGGAAGCACGAAGUUUUGUGCAUGGAACAGGACCGCACGACAUGAGAGACGAGAUUGGACACGGCACCCAUGCUCUUGGCCUCCUUCUCAAAGCUAUCGAUCACGCAGUUGAACAAUGGAAAGUGGACAUUAUAUCAAUGUCAUUCGGAAUUCGUGAAUAUCACGAGCUCAUGAGCACAGCUAUUUCUAAUGCACUAAACAAGCGGACAUUGUUGUUCGCGGCAGCAUCGAAUGAUGGAGCAAAUCUUGGCAGAGCUUUUCCAGCUCAAUAUCCCAGCGUCUUUUGUAUACAUUCAACCGAUGGAAGGGGCAAUCCCUCCGAUUUCAACCCUACAGCAAGCGAAACGGACGUCAACUUCAGUCUACUUGGGGAACAUGUCUCUUCUCACUGGCCGGCUGGCAUGAAAGGACACAAUCAGAUUGUGAAUGUUAUGUCAGGAACAUCGGUCGCAACACCGAUCGCCGCUGGCCUAGCCGCGUCGGUCUUGCAUUUUGUCCGGCAGCAGGAUCAACAUAUCGCAGUAGAAAGCGAAAGGCUGAGUCCAUGGCUGAAACGGGACAACUCAAUGGAUGCGGUAUUCAAGAGUAUGGUAAAACAGAGGCGGGGGGUAGGCUACGAUUACAUCACGCCUCAUGUGCUCUUUGACAGCGGUUUGACAAGGGAGGAUGUUUACGGGAGAAUCAAGGAUAUUAAGAGGAAUAUGUACAGAUACUAG